CUUGGUCGUUCCACCCGCUUCGCCUAUGCGCACGAUAUCCGCGUCCUCAGUCGAUUGUCUCUUCAAAUCGAAGUUGCUUUUACUUUUUUCAGAUGUCUGACACGACGUCAAUGGUGAAUCCUUCACUUAUCGCAGCCGCGCGACAAUUGGCAGCCGCAUUACGUGUCGCUGGUCUCGACAUCGCUGAAGUUGUCGCCACAAACACAAGUAGUGUUGUGUAUGAGGCAGCCGAUUAUGAGGAAGGUCUAAAUAGUGAAGCAACAAAUGCUAGCGCUACCUCUCUGGAUCAGGAGCAAAUCGAUACAACAUCCGAUGCUGACCCGAAAGCAUCAAUAUCUGCUCCUGUCUCCUUGAACGAGCCAUCUUGUGAAGGAUGUCAAAAGCGGAAAUUGACCUGCGUUACUUCAAGUACGACCAGGAAGAGAUGUGAUAAUAUUGUUAGUUACCGGAAAGGUUGCUCGUUUGUACCUAAGCGCAAGGCGCAAAAUGUAGAAGAUGGGGACACACAUAAUGCCACAUCCAAGAAGAAACAGCGCACCGAGACUCAAUUGAAUAUCGACGCGUUCUUUGGUGGAGCUAAUAGAGAAACAAGUGUAGGAUGCUCGGAACGCGGUAACCAAUCGAAAAUCCCAACCGAAUCCAUAUCCGAGCACACAGAGGGGCACAACACUAACGUGCGAGAAAUGACAACUGAGUCUGUCGUUGAGAUUGCAGCACCCGAUCGCAAUACGCAACCGUCAGCGGCACGUAUCCUCGUCGACGAAGUGGAGGUCGAGGAGUUGAGAAGGUGUCGCACGGUCUUCCUGGAUGGUUUAAACGCAUACAAGGAGGGCCUAGGAGCCAAGCCAGGGAAGGCGUUCAGGGAUCUCUACGUCUCGGCCAAGACUUGGGCAGCGCAGGAAGAUGUUUGCCUGAGGAUGUAGGUUACGAAGAUGAUGAGAACAAAGCACGGAGAGCGUCACCCAGUAUCGUAUCAUGUCACGGUCUAUAGCAAAAUCCACGAUUAGCACCCAAAAAACAAGUCCUAGCCGAUAAACAAGUACGAAUCCACGCCCACAGACAGCCCGCAUGUAACCACAUGCACCCAAAGAUGACCCUGUCUAGUCCUU